AUGUCAGUGGCUGGAUGGAAUCUAUUACUCUCAGCAUUUCCACCUGUAUUGGAGUCCUCGUUGGUGCUAGCAGUGGUACUGGCGGUGGGUAGUAGCACUAGUCCUGGCGUUGGUGCUGGCGGUGGUAACAGCACUAGUCCUAGCAUUGGUGCUGGCGGUGGUAACAGCACUAGUCCUAGCAUUGGUGCUGGCGGUGGUAACAGCACUAGUCCUAGCAUUGGUGCUGGCGGUGGUAACAGCACUAGUCCUAGCAUUGGUACUAUCAGCAGUAUUAGCACUAGUCCUAGCAUUGGUGCUGGCGGUGGUAACAGCACUAGUCCUAGCAUUGGUGCUGGCGGUGGUAACAGCACUAGUCCUAGCAUUGGUGCUGGCGGUGGUAACAGCACUAGUCCUAGCAUUGGUGCUGGCGGUGGUAACAGCACUAGUCCCUAG